GGCGCCACUGUGCUGCGCUGCGCAGUUCAGUGUUAGAUGUCAAGCGCGUACGAACCGGACGGAGUGUGUGUGAGAGAGUGAGUGUGAGGGUGUGUGUGUGAGUGUGAGAGUGUGUGUUUUUAUGUUAUUAUUUUAGUUUUUUUAUGUUCGUGGAUCAGCGAAGGCGAGAGGAAUGACCGCCGCUUUGUUAUAGUGUUAUGUAUUUGUGUUUAAACCGGGCGAGAGAGUGACCGAAGGCAGAAAUGGACCACGGGUUUGAGGACAUUGACUCCGAAGGCCGGUGGCAGAACCUCUACCUGGAAAUACGCAACCAGUCUCAGGAAUGCUCUUUCAAGGUGGCAAAAUAUCCCGAGAACCGCAACCGCAACAGAUACAGAGACGUCAGCCCGUUCGAUCACAGUCGGGUGAAGCUGGGAAACACAGAGAACGACUACAUCAACGCGAGCCUGGUGCAGAUGGACGAAGCCCAAAGAAGUUACAUCCUAACUCAGGGCCCUCUGAGGACGACCUGUGGUCAUUUCUGGCUCAUGAUCUGGGAGCAGAGAACCAAAGCGGUGAUCAUGCUGAACAGAGUGAUGGAGAAAGGCUCAGAAAAGUGUGCGCAGUACUGGCCGACGCAGGAAGAGCACGAGAUGUCGUUCCGCGACACGCGCUUUGUGGUGAGGCUGCUAUCAGAAGACGUUAAGUCCUACUACACCACCCGGCUGCUGGAGCUGCAGAACGCAAACACGGGGGAGAGGAGAGAGAUCUACCACUUUCAUUACACAACAUGGCCAGACUUUGGCGUUCCAGAGUCCCCGGCGUCUUUCCUGAACUUCCUCUUUAAGGUGCGGGAGUCUGGCUCUUUGGGGACGGAUCAUGGGCCAGCAGUCGUCCACUGCAGCGCGGGAAUCGGCCGAUCCGGAACGUUCUCUCUGGUCGACACCUGUCUUGUACUGAUGGACAAGCGGAAAGACCCGUCAUCUGUGGACAUUAAGAAGGUGCUGCUGGACAUGAGAAAGUACAGGAUGGGUCUGAUCCAAACGCCCGACCAACUGCGCUUCUCCUACAUGGCCGUACUGGAGGGGGCCAAGUACAUCAUGGGCGAUUCGUCACUGCAGAAACAGUGGCAGGAGCUUUCCAAAGAGGACCAGGAGCGCGUGUGUGAAUCUCCACCCCCUCAGCCCCCAAAAUGCACCUCGGAGCGCUACAACGGCAGCAGGCUGAACCGGCCCGACGAGCCCGGGGACGUCGAGGCGGCGAAGAAAACGGCCUCAGACCUGAAGGAGACUGACGGAGACGGGUGCACAGCCAAUGCUCGGAAGAGACAAAGAGAGGAGAAGAUUUCCAUCUCCUCACAGAAGACUCCCCAAAAACAAUCAAAGCCCAGGAUAAACGACUCCGAAAAGAAGAGGAAAAGACCGAGAACAACCAGUGACACUUAAUUCCAUGGCAACAUUAACAGGGAUCCCCAGCCCAUAAUACUCCACCUCUGCCCUGCAAUCCUUAACACUGUUUACAGCAUGGACUCUGAGAGGCCGAAGAGCGAGUGCAUCUGCGUACACACACACCAGCACAGCAGCGGUGGACUCAUUGCCAGGGUUCUGAUUUGGUCUCGUUUAUUUUUACAGGUUGUUUGUGUCCCUUUGUUAUUAUUGUUGUUGUUGUUUUUGUUUUUUUUGCUUGUGUUUCUGAAAACAGACAAAAAAAGACGUAGGCCUAUGCAUUGCCAAUUUGUAACGUCGUUCCCUCGUUGUAUUUUUAGACAACCUUUUUUUCAGAAGCAAAAUGACAAAGCUCUAUUUUUUAUAAAGAAACUUACUUGAAGAUUUUCCUAUCGUGUCCGCGGAACGCCAUGUCUUGCGCCGUGGAGCAGCUCCAUGGCGCGUAGUGUUUCUAAGUUGUGUCGAAGCAGAAGUGUAUUUUUGACUGUGUAAAGGUGAUUACAGACAUUGUAUUUGCUUAAGAAAAGAAGAAGAAAAAACAGAAGUCUUACAUUUCCUUAUCCAAAUAAAACUAAACUGGCAUCCUUUAGUUUCUGUAA